UGAGUAAGAUAUAUAAAUAUACUCUUAUUAUUGAUAUUCUUAUCUCACAUUCUCACUCAACGCUUCCCUCCUUUCCUUUCUCCUCUUUCUUUCUUUCUUUUUAUUUUAUUUUUAAUCUUUUGCAUUAUCUCUUUCUUCUUCUUCUCCAAGGAGAAACUUAACAAUGGCAGACUGCAAACAUGGUGAUGAAGAGUUCGACACCCAAGCCAAUGAGGAAACAGCAAAGGGCAAAAAAUAUGGAGGACUGGCGCCAAAGAAGAAACCCUUAAUCUCAAAGGACCAUGAACGUGCUUUCUUUGAUUCAGCAGAUUGGGCAUUAUGCAAGCAAGGUGCGGGAGUUAAUCAAAAAUCAACUGUGGCAAUCGAGACUCUCAGACCAAAGCUUCAGAGAACACCGCAUCAACAAUUACCACCGAGGAGACCUACAUGUACAUCUGGUCGAGAUAACAUGGGGCAGUAGAUUUGAUGAAUUGGUGUGAGAAUUUGAUGAAGGUGAUGAAAAUGGGACGCUUUAUAUAUAUAUAUGUUAAUUACUUAUCAUUUAGUGUUUGUUUGUUGAGGAGAUAAUCUGAACACUUACCUAUUAUCAUUUAUCAAUCAUUGCUGGCCUUGGAAUGUGUUUAUCUUCUUAA